AUGAACCCCUUGACCCCCGAGUCUGACCUUUCUUACUCCAUCCCCACUGCUUCCGCCUGCACCGCCUGCGCCGCCUGCAAAUUCCAACGCCGCAAAUGCACCUCCGAUUGCACUCUCGCCCCGUUCUUCCCCGCCGAUAAACAAAGCCAGUUUCUCAACGUCCAUCGCCUCUUCGGCGUCUCCAACAUCCUCAAAAUACUCAAAUCCAUCGAGCCAGACCGCCGUCAAGAGGCAAUGAAUUCCAUCAUCUUCCAAUCGAAUGUUCGUGCCCAAGACCCCGCCGGCGGCUGCUACCGCAUCAUCGUUGAUCUCCAACGAAGGAUUAACGCUGCACAGGCCGAGCUGCAAUUCGUCCUCCGCCAAAUCGCCAGUUUUCGAGCUCAAUUCGACGCAAGUUCCGAUAUUCAACCAAAUCUUCUCCUCAGCCAACAGCAGCAUCAGUAUUAUAAUGAUCACUACUUCUCCUGUGAUGGGCAACAAGACCUGCAUGACUUUCAUGAACACAACCUCAUUGGUAUCGAUAUUAAUACGAUUAAUGCAGACGAAGAGCUGACGCAGGAGCAGAUAUUGAGCAUUCAACAGAAAGCAGAGGGUGAGGAAGAUGUGGACGAGCGGCCGCCUCUUGACAUGUCUGAAAUGGGGCGCCAUGCAUUCGGCAUUAGUGCAGACUAUGAGGACGUAGAAUCGAAAGUUAACGUCGGCUCCACCGUCAUGGCACUGAGCAGCUCCGACAUUGAAGUGGAAGCAAAAACUAUAGAGCAAGGGGAGGAAAAUGAUUUGAAAAGGGCUGCUUCCUUCUUCACGCUUACAAACUAUGACACCUCGGAUUUAUAG